AUGGGACCCCGCGAGAGUGGGAGCAGCUCUGGUCAGCGGGAUCUCUUCCAGGAAUGGUCGAGCAUGCGCAUGCAGCAGAUCAAAGAUGUGGUGGCUUGGGAACUGGACAGGCUGUCGCAGGACCUGCAUGAGCAGGUUUUCGGUUCCCAGCACCCGUUUUCCAACUUGCUGGGACCUGCGAACAGGCACUCUCGUGCCCCGAGAGUUAGCGAGCUAGCGGCCGAGCUAGCUCCACCACUCUUCGACACUGGCGUUGCUGGAGGCUCCGCUGCAGUUGGCCUACGCCGAUUUCAUGUCGAAAUAACAUGCCAGAAGCUAUUGUCCUUCUGUUAG